GAAGACCGCACUUAUCUCACUGUUUCUUACUGUCGGAGAGACGGUGGCGAACCUAUCAACUGUUCCGUGUAACACCGUGUGGUGCGCAUAGAGUGCGCUUCAUGUACGGCCGUUAAAUCUAGCGAUUUUAUAGUGUACGGAAAUCCGACUAGUGAUUUGGUGUUUACAUGUUUCACUGAAUGCACGUGGUUUCGCAUAACCUUUUUCAACCGGUAUAAACUGAGCGAAAAUCCACAAAUUCAGAAUCAAAGAAAGCAUCUAAAGAGAAAAAGAAGUGUAAACGUGAUUGAAUAUUAUAAAGAAUGGCACGUAAAAAAACUUUAAAAAGGAAACAGGUUAAUCUGAAAGAAGGGGAAAAAGAUGAGAAUGGUAAAAAUGAAGAAGCUUGCGUGGAACAUGUGGAGGAUUCUGACACAGAAGAUUUGUUAGCGACUGAAGUAAAUGAUUAUGAGGAUUCUUCGGAUGAAGCGAUAGAGGAAGAUGCAGAUAUACCUAACUCGGAUACAGAACAGGAUCUUGUUGUUUUUUCAUCAAAUGAUGAAGACAGUGAACUCGAAUUUGAAUCAGACUAUGAAUCUGAAGGUGAUGAAGAUUCAAAUACUGAAUCAGAGAAUGAUUCUCAUGAAGAAACAGAGAAGAGACUACAGAUCAAACAGAAAGAUAGUAAAAAGAAAUUAACUAAUGAUUCUGUCACAAAGUCUUCAAUAUCUAAAAGUAAGGUAUUAGCAAAAAAAGAUAUUAAGUCAGUAAGUAAUAAAUUAAAGAACAAGCAAGUUCAGAAGAAUUCUCAAGAAGUACAAAGUCAGAAAGAUGAUUUACAUAACAAUAAAGAAGCUAAAGGUGCAUCUGAUACAGCGGAUCAAGAAGAAAAUGAAUAUGACUACGACAGUUCAGAUGAGGAAGAUAUUCGCAACACAGUUGGAAAUAUUCCAAUAAAAUGGUACAAUGACUAUGAUCAUGUUGGUUAUGAUUGGGAAGGUAAGAAAAUCUUGAAACCUGAGAAGGGUGAUGAGUUGGACAACUUCUUGAAAAGAAUGGAGGAUCCUGACUUUUGGAGAAGUAUAAAAGAUCCUCAAACUGGCCAGGAUGUUGUACUAAAGGAAGAUGACAUAGACUUGAUUGUGAAGAUACAGAAGCAGAAGAUAGCUGAUGCUCAGUUUGAUGAAUAUGCACCUUGGGUAGAAUGGUUCACGUCUGAAGUGAUGAAAAUGCCGCUCCGUAAAUUCCCUGAGCACAAACGUUCCUUCUUGCCAUCUAAAAACGAAGCCAGACAAGUCUCGAAAUUGGUGCACGCUCUCAAAAUGGGGUGGAUAAAGUCUACCGCCGAAAUGCAGAAGGAAAGAGAAGAGAAGAACGAAGGGCCACAGUUCUAUAUGCUGUGGCAAUCUGACGAUCAGGCAGAGGAAAUGCGUAGAAUCCACAAGCAUAUUCCAGCACCUAAAAGACAUUUGCCUGGUCACGCGGAGAGCUAUAAUCCACCGCCGGAAUACCUGUUUGAUAAAAGAGAACUUAAAGAGUGGGAAAAGUUAAAGGAAACCCCUUGGAAGAGGAAAUUACACUUCAUACCGCAGAAGUUCAAUUCUCUACGAGAAGUGCCUGCAUAUCCCAAAUACAUCAAAGAAAGAUUCCAGAGGUGUUUGGAUCUGUACCUUUGCCCGAGAGCGUAUAAAAUGAGAUUAACGAUAAAGCCCGAGGAUCUGGUUCCACAGUUACCUAGCCCGAAGGACUUGCGGCCAUUCCCGACAAAGAUGUCCAUGGUAUUCACUGGCCAUACGGAUAUGGUAAGAAGUAUUACCGCGGAACCGACGGGUCAGUACAUUGCAUCUGGUGGAGAUGAUAUGUCCUUGAAAAUAUGGGAAGUAGCAACAGGCAGAUGUGUUAAAACAGUGCCUUGCGGCGGAGUUAUUAGAAGUGUUGCUUGGUGUCCGAAUCAAGCUGUAUCGCUAAUAGCUGUUGCAGCCGAUAAGAAAGUUCUUUUGAUAAAUCCUGGAGUCGGAGAUCAUUUGAUCACUAGCAAAACUGAUGAACUUUUGGAGAUAAUACCACAGACUGAAGUAAUAGUAAGUGAAAAGGUGAAAAGUGCAGUACAGUGGGAGCAAGCGGAAGGUGAACACUUCACCAAUGGACUUAGGGUAGUAUUGAAUCACUUUAAAACUGUAAAGCAAGUAACGUGGCACGGGAAAGGGGAUUAUUUCGCCACCGUUAUGCCAGACGGCCAAAAUAAAUCUGUGCUCAUAAAUCAGUUGUCAAAACGAAGAUCUCAAUUGCCUUUUAACAAGUCGAAAGGAUUAAUACAGUGUGUUUUGUUCCAUCCAAUUAGACCAUAUUUAUUCGUUGCAACGCAAAGAAAUGUGAGGAUAUACGAUCUUGUGAAACAGGAAAUUAUUAAGAAGUUGUUAUCCAAUUCACAGUGGAUAUCAACAAUGGCUAUCCACCCCGGAGGCGAUAAUGUGUUGGUAGCGACCUACGAUCGUAAGAUGCUCUGGUUCGAUUUGGACUUAAGUACCAAGCCUUAUCAGACGCUGCGGUUGCACGGAACGGGCGUACGCGGCGUGGCGUUUCACAAACGAUAUCCUCUGUUUAGCUCCGGAGCUGACGACAGAGGACUUAUCGUGUGUCAUGGAAUGGUCUACAAUGAUCUUUUGCAAAAUCCAUUGAUCGUGCCACUGAAGAGAUUUUGCAAUCAUGAGUCGUACGAUGACUUCGGCAUCUUGGACGUCAUAUUCCAUCCAACUCAACCGUGGGUGUUUUCUGCGGGCGCAGAUUCUACUAUAAGAAUGUACACGUAGAUACUUUACGUCAGAGAAUUCAUCACUGUCGAGAUGAAGUUAUACAGUUAUCAUUUUUAAAUUUUAUGUAGGUUUAUACAUAAAAUACACAAGCUGUUUUUA